AUGGCAGAUAUUGCAAUCUUUAAUGACAAAGCUAGAUGCCCUGUCGACGAGCAACGGAGAAUCUUUUCCCAGAGUCGGAAUUGUACUCCGUCAAGUCCGUUUAUUGUCGGCCAUUUAAAUCAUUCCCAUACUGAGCCGGACGACUUCAUUCAAUUCUCUCAAAUAGGUGCAUCAGUACUUGUCAACUGUUCGGGGAUCACCCUUCAUAAUCUAGCAGCCAGAAACGCUAUUAAUAGAUUAGCGGUGCGACCUCUCUUGCUAUGGGCCAGCGAGUCUGAUAAGACUCAGGAAUAUAUAGUUGGUGAAGAAGUUGAAGCGGCAGUCACUGGGUCGGAUGGAAUUUUAUAUCAUUCUAGCGAUUUAUUCAGAAAUGACAACCCUGAAACUAUUGACUUUGCAGUGAGUAAAUUCCAACAAUGCAAGGCCCAGGCACUGUCAUCGAUAGUUACAAUCGAAAACCACAAUCACCUAACGGCAUUCUUAUCUUUACCCAUUAAACCGACUGCAGUCUUCACCUUUGAUGAUAAAGAGCUUGCUGCUAGUGUUUCUUCAGCACUUCAGGGUUCGGUCGCCCAUGUACAUUUACAAACGAUAACGGACCAAAAUCCUUAUAAUCCAUCGAAUAACAAUUUUUCAGCGAUCUUCAUUGAAGAUGUUCAAAAUAUCCCUAAGAUGGACGCCCAUUUGGUUCAAGUACCAACGCAUAGCUCAUCAAAGUCGGCCAAAUCAACUAUUUCAACAAGCAUUACUCCUAGCAGUUCGGACAAUUCACCACUGGUCAAAGUAUGUGGUAUUAAAACCGUAGAAGCUGCUAUUAAAGCUCUUGAAUCUGGGGCCGACAUGAUUGGAAUGAUUUUAGUACCGGGGAGAAGUCGUACCGUAGACUUCCAAGACGCCAAAAAGAUAUCUGAUGCUGUUCAUAACUAUGGUCGGGCCCCUGCUAUACUACCCUCACCGUCACCGGUGUCACAAACAUCACAGCCUUCUAGACGGUUAUCAGUGAUAUCCAGCACCACAUCUCUAUUCCAAAAGGCAACUCAUCUAUCAAACAAAGAUACAUCAUCGUUGCCAAAUUCCCUUAAUUCGUCCUCUUCUACGUCAAUCUCACAGCAUCCUGGUAGUCCAAUAAGUCGCCGAGGUUCCACUCAGACUCUACUGCCACCGUGGCCCUCAUUAACAAAUAUUCCAUCAGGUGCAAGCGUUUUCGAGGUGAAUAGUCGGAUUGUUCGUGCCAAGACGAAGCGCAGGCCGGCAAUUGUUGGUGUAUUCCAGAACCAGCCUCUGGAAACCAUUUUAUCACUACAACAUGAAUUGGACCUAGAUUAUGUUCAGCUUCAUGGAGAUGAGCCGCUUGAAUGGUGUAGAAUAAUCCCCGUUCCAGUUAUUAAGCGGUUCACUCCCAACACAGACGGAUUUGCAAACAGUUCUCUCGUCGGAUACCAUUAUAUAUCACUCCUUGACGGAGAAAUUGGAGGCGAGGGAAAACUUGUUGAUUGGUCGUCUGCAAAAAGUCAGGUAGCCCUUGGUGCUAGAUUUAUUCUUGCUGGUGGAUUGAAUGAGAGUAAUGUGGCUAGCGCCCUACAGACUGAAGGUGUGUUUGGUGUUGAUGUGAGUGGUGGUGUUGAAACUGCUGGUACUAAGGACUUGAAUAAAAUAGAGCGAUUUGUCAAGACAGCCAAAGCAGUCAACCUAUAA